ACGCGCGCAGCCCGGCGUCGCUCUCCAGCAGACGGCUCUGGCGGGAGCCGGCACCUUGCAGCGGGCCCCGGGCGCGGGCGGCGGCAUGCCGAAGAAGCGGCUCACCGCGGAGCCACCAGAUAUUACAGAAGAAGAAUUUGAAGAUUUUUUGGCAACAGAUGGCUUCCUUGUGGACUACUUUAAUGAAUUCCUAAGCCUGCCAACAUUUUCAGAGGCAAUAAGAUUUAAUGUGGAUUUUGGAGUUUUUGAAGUGAUUAACGAUGCUCCACAACUUCUGGAAAAGCAACUGAAAAAAAUUCUACAAAGUCAGCAACCUCGAAAUCCCAUCUAUGAUGUAGUAAGGAAAGGAAAGAAUGAUGUUAAACCCAUUCACAUGAGUGUCCCCAGUGAAGAUGAGACUAUUAAUGUCAACUACAAUAUUAUGUGUCUCAAUCGUGAACAAGGUAUUAAGUGGAUCAAAAAACAAAGACUUCCAGCAUUUCUAGAAAGUGAUUGCUACUUUGAAUACAGGUUAGCCAAAUUAGUCUCACAAGUAAGAUGGAGCCAGUCAGGUAUGACUUUCACACUUGGUGCAGAUACUUCUCCUUGGAUCAUGAGAAAACUGCCUACUCCACAGCCUCCUCAUGAUGAAGAAGACAAUCUCCUGGUUCUGAAAAAGUUCUACAUUUCUCUUGGCGAGGCUUCCUUCACUCAAACAAAAGAUUGGUUUACACUAGCAAAACAAAGUCAGGAAACUGUAUGUACCUUUUCAUUACCCUGUUGUAUAACCCACAGCACAAUUGAAUCUCCAGCGAUUUCACCCAUUACUGAGAGUUUUAUCUUUGAUGAUGGAGUUCACCCCAGGACCAAAAAAAGCCUCUCUAAAAUCGCUGAAUUUGAAGAAGAGGAGGAAGGGUCUAUAUCUCUAAAAGAUACUCCCUCUCAUGCUCUUCUGAGAGUAUACCUUGAGAAGCAACGGGAUGCGGCUAAUGAAAAGUUGACAUUGCACUUCUCAACGUGUGAAGAAUUUUUAAACUUGUUUAUAUACUCUGUUUUAAGAGCAGCCAUUCAGCAAAUUACUGGCCAGCCUCUCACAGAAAGCCCAGACUAUAUAGAUUUCGACAAAGUAGAUCAAGUGUCGUUUCCUGAUUAUUUUUAUCCUUUCUUUGGCAAGAAUGUUUUAGCUGAACCAGUUCAAACUGAAAAGGAAAAAAAGUCAGAAGAGAUAUUAGAAAAAACAAGUUCAACGAGUGAGAGCAUUGGACCUGAGAGCAGGGCUGACUGGUGUAUGUCUCACAGAACUUAUGACAUUGGCAAUAGAAAGGAGUUUGAAAGAUUUAAGAAAUUUAUGAAGGGCACAUUAGGGGAAAAGUAUUUGUGGCUAUGGAUGGAUAUUGAAAGGUUGAAAGUUCUAAAGGACCCUGGAAGACAUCAAAGACAUCUUGAGAAGAUGAAAAAAUGCUAUCUAGUGAGCAGUGGAGAUUGCUACCUUUCUGCAGAAAUCUUAUCAAAAUUUAAACUGUUAGAUGGAUCUCACUGGACUGAAGAACAUUUAAAAAAUAUUCAGUCUGAGGUUUUAAAACCUUUACUUCUGUAUUGGGCACCAAGAUUUUGUGUUACUCAUUCACCCUCAACAAAACAUGCUACAGCUGAACUGAAAUUCUGGCACCUCCGUCAAGAGAAACCAAGGAAAGAUAUUGAUCCUUUUCCACAAAUGGCAACCCUCUUGCCAUUAAGACCUAAAUCUUGCAUUCCACAUAUAACUGAGGUCCAGAAAGAGGACUUCAGUUUAUUACAACUUCCUAAAUCUGCCAAGAAAUUACCUAGAGUAAAAACAGCAACUCAGAAGCCUUUGAAGAAUGAAUCUUUGUAUCUAGUUUCUUCAAAGGAUGAUGGGAUUGAGAAAGGGUCAAUGCACAUAUCAGAAAGCAGCAAAGUUAUUCGUUUAACAUCUUUUACUGACAUUUCUGAAUGUCUGAAGCCCCAGCUGGAUACAAGAUUUGCUUAUACAGAAGAACCUAAGGUUAAAACCAUAGCAAAUAUUGAUGCCCUAGGAGGAUACGACAUGGAAAAUUUGUUGCAAUCUUUGUAUGUAGAAAACAGAGCUGGAUUUUUCUUUACUAAAUUCUGCGAGGAUUCAGGAAACAAGUUGUGGAAGAACUGUGUGUACUUUUGGUUUGACCUACAAGCUUAUCAUCAGCUUUUCUACCAAGAAACACUUCAGCCUUUUAAAGUAUGCAAGCAAGCACAAUAUAUUUUUGCCACAUAUGUUGCUCCAUCGGCCACUCUUGACAUUGGACUGCAGCAGGAAAAGAAGAGAGACAUUUACAAGAAAAUACAACCACCAUUUGAAGACCUCUUUGACACAGCAGAAGAGUACAUCCUCCUCCUCCUUCUGGAGCCCUGGACCAAGAUGAUGAGGUCAGACCAAGCUACUUACAGAGAGGUGGAACUGGUGGAAGAAACUCGGCAGCUAGACUCUUCAUGCUUCCGAAAGCUACGGGCUUUGCAUAAAGAGACCCUUCACAAGAAAGACGAGGGCACCACUGGUGAAACUGGAACUAGUGUUUUAUCACUCUCUAAUGUCUAUAAAGAAACAGAAUAUUGGAAUAAUGUUCCUGAAGAAUACAAGCAUUUUCGUUUUAAUGAUCUGCUGAACAACAAACUGGAGUUUGAACAUUUUCGUCAGUUUCUUGAGGCUCAUUCUUCAAGCAUGGAUCUUAUGUGCUGGAUAGACAUUGAGCAGUUCCGAAGAAUAACUUACAGUGAUCUAAAUCAAAGGGAGGCAAAAUCUGUAUACAUUAAAAAGAAAUACCUUAAUAAAAAGUAUUUCUUUGGACCUAACAGCCCAGCUACUCCAUAUCAGCAAAACCAGAUAAUGCAUUUAAGUGGUGGCUGGGGGAAGAUUCUUCAUGAGCAGCUUGAUGCAUCUAUUCUAAUUGAAAUUCAGAAGCAUGUCCUAAACAGGCUAGAAAAUGUGUGGUUGCCAUUGUUCCUUGCAAGUGAGCAGUUUGCAGCCCGUCAAAAGAUUAAGGUACAGAUGAAAGACAUAGCAGAUGAGCUUUUACUACAGAAGCAUGAAAGGAAAAUCGGGAUCUGGAAGCCAGUGGAGAGUAAAUGGAUUUCUUCAUGGAGUGAUAUUAUUGCUUUUCGUAAAGCAUUGUUGAAUCCAGUUACUGCAAGACAGUUCCAACGUUUUGUGGCUCUAAAAGGAGAUUUACUAGAAAACGGGGUGCUCUUUUGGCAAGAAGUACAAAAAUAUAAGGACUUGUGCCAUUCCCAUUGUGAUGGGUCUGUCAUCCAGAAAAAGAUCACAACUAUCAUCAACUGCUUCAUUAAUUCUUACAUUCCACCAGCUUUGCAAAUUGACAUUCCAGUAGAGCAAGCCCAGAAGAUUAUUGAACACAGGAAGGAGUUAGGACCAUAUAUAUUUAGAGAGGCACAGAUGACAAUUUUUGGGGUUCUGUUUAAAUUUUGGCCACAAUUCUGUGAGUUUAGGAAGAAUUUAACUGAUGAAAAAAUUAUGAGUGUGUUAGAGAGAAGACAAGAAUAUAGUAAGAAAAUAAAAUCCUCAAGCACAGAUGACGAAAAAUUGGGAAAGUUUGGAAUCAAACAAUAUGGAAGUACUACAGGGUCUGCUACCAAAAGCGCCUUAGUCACUGAACCCCUCCAAGGCCUGCAAGCAUAUGGCCGGCAGCCAACCUGGUGCUACUCAAAGUAUAUAGAAGCCUUAGAACAGGAAAGAGUUCUUCUUAAAAUCCAAGAGGAACUGGAAAGAAAGAUGCUUGCAGGUACAUCAUCACUAAGUAAUUUAUUUAGGCCUUCUGGUUCAGUCUUGUCUUUGAAGAAGACUUGGUCUACCGUCAGCCUCCUGAAGGGACAGCAUUGAUUGUCAGUGUUUGCAUCCUGUUGCUGAUAGGUGCAAGGAAUUUUUUAUGUCAAAGUUAACUGACAUGAGAAGCUCAAGUGACUUAUUGUCUUGAUGGUCUGCCAUAGAGCAAGUCUAAUAUCCACAUAAAAUUUAGCUUGUUUUGCUUUUAUACUUGUAAAAUUACAGUUAUUCUGUACACAUGACAUACAAGAAUGUAAAAUUCUCAGAAACACUACAACAAAAUUACUACUAUCUAGCUUAAAAGAAUCGAAAUGUUUUGCUUAUCAUAAUCCUUAAAAGUAUGUAAUGUUUUUCUCCUCAGUUAAUAUUUUAACAAAUAUUCCUUGAUUCCUUUACUAUAUUUAAUUAGCAGAUACAUUCGGCAAGCCAUCAGGGAACAUGAAUAUUCCAGCAAUAAAUUGGCCCAAAAUAUAAACAAAAGAGUCUUCCCUCUUUCCUUUAUAAAGAAGCUAUCAUUAAAGCAGUGGUUCUCACACUUUAAUGUGCCUAAGAUUGACAUGUGACCCUGACUAGCAAUUCAGGUUCCUGGGGCCACUUCCUGAGAAUCUGCUUCAGUAGUGCUUGGGCAGGACUCAGAAAUCUCAGUUUUUACCAGACGUCCCUGGUGAUUCUGAUGCAGUAUUCCACAGAGGACUCUUUGAGAUAAACUGAUAGGGCAGCAAGAAAAGUACUUCAAAGGGUAAAAGCCCUCUUAUUAACUGAAGCUGCAUUUUUUACUCAGAGGAUCCAGACAUACCCCUUCCUUUACUUGUUUCUAGAGGGAAGGGAAAGUGGGUAAAGAAAUGACCUGGGAGGGUGGUUUAUGGACCUUGUGACUCAGUUGCUCCAAGGACUGCGACUAGAUGACCAGAUUGUGAACAAUGGACUUCCAGUUCUACACAAUCUUGGAAGAUAUUUUCAAAGUUGUAAGUGCCAUUCCAAAUUCUCCAAGGAGUUAAAUAUUUUAAGUGGGGAAAGUAUCAGUAGAUAUACUUUAAAGAUCAUCUUUCCUCUAAAGCAGGGGGUUUAGGAACUCUGUAGUUUCCUAUGCUCCCACAGCACCCCUAAACCCUAGAAAGCCUGUUUUGAGACUAUUUUCCAUUUGUUAACCUUCUUAAUUCGUCUCUUCUUUUCUCAGUUCUUCUUUUCUCAAUUUCUCUCUCUCUACUUCUCCCACCCCUGUUUUUCCUCUCCCACUCUUAUCCUACCUUCUCUGUUUUUUUUUGUUUUUGUUUUUGUUUAUGUUUUUUGGUACUGGGAAUUGAACCCAGGGGCACCUAACCAGCCACAUCCCCAAUCCUUUUUAAAAAAUAUUUUAUUUAGAGACACAUUAUCUCUAAAUUGUUGACGCUGGCUUUGAAGUUGAGAUCCUCCUGCCUCAGCCUCCUGAGCUGCUGAGAUUACAGGUGUGUGCUACCACGCCUGGCUAAUAGAGCAUUUUAUGUGGUCCAUUUUUCUCUCUUAGCAUAUCAAUUAGACUUCUUUUAAAAAUUUUCUCACUGGUUGUCCCAAAGUGUGCAAUACACAUUACAACUAAUAAUAGUCCUCUUUCAAAGAAGGUUAUAAGCACCAGGCAUGGUGGUACAUGCCUGUAAUUCCAGCAACUCAGGAGGCUAAAGCAGAAGGAUCCCAAAUUCAAGUCCAGCCUGGGCAAUUUAGUGAUUCCCUGUCCCAAAAUAAAACAUAGAAAAGGCAAAUUUUAAAAAAGAAAAAUUUGAAAGAAGCCAGGAAGAAAGGGGUAGGGCAAUUUAAUCUACAGAGGAACAAAGAUAAGAAUUACAUUUGACUUCUCUUCAGAAACCAUGCAAGCAAGAGAGUGUGGAGUAAAAUAUUUUAAGUAUUCAAAGAAUGUAGCUUAGUGGUAGAGCACCCCUGGGGUCAGUCUUCAGUAUCAACUCUUAUCCCUCUGCAAAAAAAAACCAAAAACAAACACUAUAGUAUUUCUAGGUAGUACAAGUACCUAUAACAGAGUAUUACCAAUCCUCCUUUAUCACACUUUCCAAUAAACUAUAAUCACUGAAUACGUUUUGCUAUUAUUUUGAGCAAAUUUUUAUCUGUUAGAGCAAUUGGAAAUAAGAAAAAUAAAAUUUAUUAUUUACCUUCAUAUUCCUUCUCUAUUAAUCUUCUUUAUGUAGAUCUGAGUUUCUGACAUGUAGAUUUUUCUUUUCUCUGAAGAAUGACUUUUCAUGUUUUCUUGUAGGAUAUGUCUACUUGAGACAAAUUCCUUCAAUUUUUCUUUGCCUUAGAAAGGCUUCCUUUUUAAAGAUAACUUCAUAGGACAAAGAAUUCUGGAUCAGUGUUUUUUUUUUUUUUUCUUUCAACACUGAAAAUAUUUCACUCCACUCUCUUAUCUGCAUGGUUUCUGAAGAAAAGUCAAAUGUAAUCAUGAUCUUUUCUGCUGUGUGGGUUGAGCUGUCCCACUCCUUUCCUUCUGGCUUCUAUCAAGAUUUUCUCUUUGUCUUUGAUUUUCUUAAGUUUGAAUAUUACAUAAAUAGGUGUAGAUUUGGGGGCAUUUAUCCAGCGUGGUAUUCUUCAAACGUCCUGGAUCUGUUUUGUUGUCUAUCAUUAAUGUUGGGAAAUUUUGCCAUUAUUCUUCUAAUAGUUCUUGUUUGUUUUCUUUUCCUUCUGGUAUUUCCAUGACAAACAUUGACACCUUUUCUUAUUGUGCCACAGUUCUUAAAUAUUCUUUUCUUUUUAAUUCAUCUUUCUCUUGCAUAUCAGUUUUGGAAGCUUCUGUUGAGCACCUAAAGCUCAUGAUUCUUUCCUCAAGUGAAUUCGGUCUAUUGAUGAGUUCAUCAAAGGCAUUCUUCAUUUAUGUCAUAGUGUGUGUUUUUUUAUUUCUAGCAUUUCCAUGAGUUUUUUUCCUUGGACUUCUCUGUGCUACAGUACUCAUCUGUUCUUGCAUAUUGCCAAUUUUUGAAAAAAAAUUAGAACUCUUACCAUAUUAAUCAUGGUCAUUUUAGAUUUCCUACUCUGAGAAUGUCAAUACCUCUGCCAUAGCUGAGUCUGGCUCUGGUGCUUGCUCUCUUCAGACUGCAUUUUGCCUCUUCACAUGCCUUGUCAUUUUCUGUUGAAAGUAAGACAUGAUGUAUUAGGUGAAAGGAACUGGGGUGGAUUAGCCUUUAGUGUGAGGUUCAUGUUCAGCUGGCCAAUGAUAUGAACUUACUGUGUUGUUAGAGCUUGAAAUUUCCUCUUUGCCCUUGUGUCUUGUUUCCUUGUUGUGUUUGGGUUUUCCUAAAGACUAAAUAGUGCCUCAGCCUUGACAUUCUUGAAAUUGGUCCCUGUUAAUGUGGUAGUGGGGGAACAUAUUGUAGUCCCAUGAUUAGAUCUCAGUGUUUCAUGAGCCUGAGUUGGGUAUUUCCCCUUCCCAGUUUGUUUGGGCUUUGAUAAAACCCUCCUCUGUUGGGCUCUUGUCAGAUUGUCUCCCUAGAGGGCAGGCCUUGUAAAGAACAGCACACUCGGGGUAUAUUUCAAAAUGAUGACUCUAGUCGUCUCCUACCAGAAGCCAGAGGAGAUUUUUCUCUGGUCUUCUCAGGAAAACAUGGUAAAACUUCUAGAGAUAAAACUCAAGGAAAUUUGGGGGCUCCCCUAAGUCUGGACCCUUGAGACUUUUUUUUUUUUUUUAACUCUCAAGCUAGUCUGCAGUAAGCCUUGAGCAAUUCAUCAGUUCCAGCCUCACUGUUCCUACUGAGGCUGGUUCUAGCUGCAGGCUUCUGCUCCUGAUGAGCUUUCUGUCUCUCUGGUUUUAGGGGCAGCAGAUUGCCCUAUUACCAAAAUUUUUUGAUGGAUGCAAGGAGAAUUGUUGAUUUUCAGAUUGUUUAGCCCUUUUUCUUGUGAGGAUGGUCGUGAUGACUGACCUCCUUACAUGACAGUCCAAGGCCCUCAAAGUGUCUUCAGAGCAUGAGCUUAUCCUCGUUUUUAUCAUUAGAGGGAAUUUCCUUAUAUUAGUGUGCAGGAAGUAUCAUCAACUGUGGUUCCACAGGCUCUUCUCAAUAUUUUGUCAAUUCUUCUCCUCCUCCCCUCUUUAUUAUUGGAUGGUUACCUAUUUCAGAUCACCAUCACCUUAGAGCUGGGCACUAAUUAGUAUUUCUUUCUCCUGCCUGGCCACCUUCCCCCUAUCCUCAGUGUAAUCUUUCUAAGAUGCAAACAUAAUUCCCCUGUCUGAAUCCUUCAUUGAGAUGAUUGGUAAAACCUCUGUUAUUGGUCAACUAGAAGUCCUUUACUUAGCAUGAUGCAUAUAUAAGGCCCUUUAGGUUCAGGCUUAUCCAUCUCAGCACGAUUAUCAUUUUUGCCAGAUGAUUAUUUGUUGUUGAGGGCUGUCCUGUGCAUUGUGACAGUGUCCCCGGCCUCUACACACUUAUGCUGAUAGCACAGCUCCCCAGUUGUGGUAACUCAAAUUUCUUUAGGUAUUUUGUCAAAUCAGCCUUAUUUGAGAAGCGCUGAUUUAGCCUUCUGAACAUUUUAUUUUUGUUUUUUGAAAUAUCUGAUUAUAAUAAAACUUUAAAAUUCUAGUUUCAGAGCAUAUAUUUUUUAAAGUGUCAUACCUGCUGCCUCCAUAACACCUACCAACAACAGUACUUUGUAAUCACCAAUGACUGAUUUGUUUUAGUGAGUGUCUAUAUUACAUCUACUUGAAUAAUUUCUGCUUUUUAAUGUAAUCACUGAAAGCAUAAUGCCUAAUAGAGAUUCCCAGCCAAUGUUUGUUGAAUUAAUAAAACUUAAAUUCCAUAUUCACGUUUAAUGUAGCAUAUACUGUGUUUUAAGUAAUCUUAAAAGCGCCCUUAAAUCUGAAUUGGGUGUGUACAACUAACUAAAUAAAUUCUUAUUGUGCUCUA